CGGUCUAAAACUGUUUUGAAACACACAAUACGUCCCUGGUGUCAGUUGACUGUUGGAUACAACGUAAAGACGCAAUUUCAGAAAGCGACCCUUUUCUGCUUUCAUCUCUCAACAACAAUGCUUGGUUCUUCCUUCUUCUCUCACCUAUACACGUAACCUUCUCAAUACCAACGGUUUCAUAUCUGGCUCAGUGUUUGUUUCUGGUUCGCCGGCGACCAAGUUAAGAGUAUCUACCGAGUCCAGGAGAUGUUAAGAAACUCUGUAGCUUCACCUUUGGCAACAUCGGGUCCUACCAAAUCCUUCCGCCAAUCUGUGGGUGAUCUUGUAACAUACACUAGUGUUCUGCCGUUGAAACUGAACUUGUCGUAUCAUGGUGUGGUUGGAGGAGUAAGGACAUCUCGUGUUCCACGAAACAAGUGGAUAGUGGUUCGUUCGACAACACAAGUGGAAACCUCUGGUGAUGAGCCAAAGACAUGGGAAGAAUGCAAAGAAGCUGUGUCUUGUUUUGAUUUCAGCGUAGAGGAGCAAGACAAGAUACUAGGAAAAGCGUUUGGUCAUAUCCACUCGCCGUACUGGACUGAAGAACGAGUGAAAGAGAAUCCAAAGGUGGAAACUUUGAAUCAAGUACUUGAGUUCCUCAGAAGUCUCGGUUUGUCCGAUGAAGAUCUGCACAAAGUGCUGAAGAAGUUCCCUGAAGUACUUGGCUGCAGCUUAGAAGAAGAGAUGAAACCCAACAUUGGGAUCUUGGAAAAUCAAUGGGGGAUUACUGGUAAGUCGCUGCGAAGUCUGUUGCUUCGGAAUCCGAAAGUGUUGGGAUACAAUGUGGAUUGUAAAGGAGAUUGUAUUGCUCAAUGCACUCGGUGUUGGGUUCGGUUUUAGUCUUUCACAAGGAGAAGAGUUGAUUUGUAUCUAGUCCUUCAUCUUAUGGUUUCAUUACAGCUACCGAAAUAAACAAGCAUUGAUGAUUCAAGAACCAAUGUGGAUGCUUGUACUUAGAUGAAUUACACAUUAAUUUUAAAUUAGUUUUUAUUUGAUGAAUUAGAAUGUUAAUUAGAUUGUCUUGACAAAAC